AUUUGGGGCGAGGAGUUCGAGGAUGAGUUUCAUCCGGACUUAAAGCACGACAAGCCCUACACCCUUAGUAUGGCCAACGCCGGACCCAAUACUAAUGGCUCGCAAUUCUUUAUAACUGUUGUGCCGACCAAUUGGUUGGACAAUAAGCACACCGUCUUUGGACGGGUGGUGAAGGGUAUGGAAGCCGUGCAGAACAUCAGUAACGCUAAGACUCAUCCAAAGACCGACAAACCAUACGAUGACAUUAGGAUUGUGAACAUAAGUCUCAAAUGA